AUGGCUUGCACCGUAUCGAAUGUGGCGGAUAAUGUGCAAAUUCUUCAAGACUACUCUCUACUCCAAAUUCAGAUGAGAAACCACGAAGCUUUCAACGAUUCGCGACUUCAUCUUCUGAAUUUGAAUUCGAAAAAUCCGAGAUAUUGGAUAGGACUUGCAAUCUCAUAUCACUUGCUUGAGAACUACAAAACUGCCGAAAAAAUUUUGAAAUUGUACGAAGGAACAUUGAAGGAAAAGCCUGGACCCAUGAACUUUGAACACAGCGAGAUGAUGCUGUACCACAAUCUCAUCAUAGAAGAGAGUGGCAAUAUUCAAGAGGCAUUCGAUCAUCUGGAGUCCAUCAAAAAUGACACUUGUGAUCGUCGGGCUUGGAAGGAAAAGAGGGCCCAGUUUCUAUUGAAACUCAAUAGGCUCGAAGAGGCCGAGAAAGCCUACGAGGAAUUGAUCGAAAAUAACCCCGACUGCUAUAAUUAUUAUGAGGGUCUUGUUGAGCUCAGGUCUGUCUCCCAUCACGCAGACGAUUUAACCUCCGAACAAGAAGAGAAGCUUGUCUCCAUGUAUAAAGAUUUAGCCCAAAAGUAUCCAAAAUCGAAUACGAUCAAGUUCUUUCCGUUGCUGCAUAUCACCGGUGAGGGUUUCAGAGUCGCGGUCGAUAACUAUAUGCGUGCAGCGCUUAGAAAAGGUAUUCCCUCGCUGUUCGUGAAUGUCAAGAAGCUCUACAAAGACCCUCAAAAAGAAAUCAUCAUUGAGCGAUUGGUUGAAGAGUAUCUCCAGAAUCUAAAAAAUCAUGGCACCUUCGCCCAGAACGAAGGUACCGACAAUGACUUUAUGGAACCACCCACCGCCUAUCUGUGGACGCUUUACCUGCUCUCUCAACAUUAUGAUUACAAACGCGAUACCGCCAAGGCCCUCGAAUUGAUCAACGAAGCAAUCGAACACACACCAACAUUGGUGGAACUGUACAUGACCAAAGGUCGAAUUCUAAAGCACGGCGGUAAUCUUCCAGAGGCCGUGAAAACGAUGAACGAGGCCCGUGAAUUAGAUCUUCAGGACAGAUUUAUCAAUUCAAAGUGCUCAAAAUAUAUGCUCAGAAAUGGUCAAGACACUGACGCCGAAAAGACGAUCGGGCUGUUCACCAGGGGCGAUGCUCCUGACCCUAUAACAGAUCUGGUAGACAUGCAAUGCAUGUGGUUUGCCCUCGAAGAAGCGGGAUGCUAUGUGAAACAAAAUAAAUUGGGCAAAGCCCUUAAACGUCUCCAUCAGAUUGAGAAGCAUUUCGCCGACAUAACCGACGAUCAGUUCGACUUUCAUACAUAUUGCUUACGCAAGGUUACGCUCCGGGCAUAUUUGAGUAUGUUACGACUAGAAGAUCAGUUGCGUUCGCAUCCGUAUUACUUGCGAGCCGCACAGGAAGCCAUCAAGAUAUAUGUAAAACUGCAUGACAACCCUGAAAUAGCCGUUCUCUCCGAGAAAGAACAAGAUUAUGAAAAAACCAAAGAUGAUCAGACUAAAAAGAAGGCUGAAAAGCCACAAGAUGAUGAUCCCGACGGUGAAAAACUUCUCAAGACAGAUGAUCCUUUAGGGGAAGCUUUCAAAUUUUUGCUGCCUUUGCAAGAAUUAUCGUCGAAAAGAAUAGAGACACAUUUAUUUGGAUUUGAAAUUUACCUUCGAAAGA